GGACGUCAGUCUUCGUGACGAAAACAAAUAAACUAGAACAGGAAAACGACAUUUAUUUGUGGUUUUUUGUAAAUAAUUUUUCACAUGUGUAAAUUUGCUUAGUGACAAUUAAAAUCAUGUCCGCACGAAUGCUAAAGAAGAUGCAGGGCGGCUCAGAUAUUCUGGCACCGCCGCCAGAUGAUGAAUUAGACAACGACCAUUUAACUGACAAUGACGAACUCGAUACGGUCAGGGGAAAAUCGCAUUUAAAUCCAUUUGAUUUGCUCAACCAGCAGAGUCUCUCUGAGAGCGAAUUCAAAGAGGAUGACAACGAAACCGAACAUCCAUCGGCGGCUAUACAGGCCAGUACCGCUGCUAAGAAAAAGAAGAAGAAACGCAAGAAGAAAGUCAAAUCGCAUGGUAAUCAUAUCAGUAGCGAGGAUAACGAGCGCCAAGACAAAUAUUUAGAAAAAGUUGAUCCAUUGAUUGGCAAAGUGUACGAUGCAGUGCCCAAACAGUUGGACAAGACGCCACAACUGACUGUAACAGCACCAUCAGGAGCUGAAGGGGGUGGCAAAUUGGCCAGCAAGAAACUAUUGGCGGUAGAGCUCAAGCACUUAAAUCAACAAAACGAAAUGAGACGUACAUUUGGCAGGCGCGUUGUCAAGGUUGAAAACAAACGUGGUCGCCAAAAGACCACGCUAAAAUCCACCUAUAUGGUAACUGCCAGGGACUCAUGGCCGCCAUUGACCAAGAAUAUUAUCACUAUGAAGCUUCUACCAACAACCGAAUCGCCGGGCUCCUCCACUAGUCCGAAAAUUCAAAAGAGCGACGAAGAAAAUGUGCAAUGGUUUACCUUCCAGCAUAGUCAGUACUAUCAGGGAGUUCAGCACAUGUUCUUGUCAGCAUUGGAACGCAUAGAUUCCGAAUUCUUGAUCACUUUAAUUAAGCGCUGUCCCUACCAUGUCGAUUCGCUGGUUCAGCUGAGUGAGGUUUGCAAAAUGACAGAGGACUUUGCUCUGGCGUCUGAAUUGAUUGAGCGUGCGCUUCUAUUGCUGGAAUCCUCUCUGCACAUCAACUUCAGCUUGACGUCGGGAAAUUGUCGUCUAGAUUACCGAAGACAGGAGAAUCGAGCCUUUUUUAUUGUGCUCUUCAAGCACACUCAGUACUUGGAAGAGCGUGCCUGUUGCCGCACAGCCUUUGAGAUCUCCAAGCUGAUAUUAAGUCUGCAACCAGAUGUUGAUCCAUUGGCCAUGGUACUAGUCAUCGACUAUUAUGCCUUGCGCAGCAAACAAUUCGGUUGGCUUGUGGAGUUCUAUGAGCAGUACAAUACAUCCCGGAAUCUUGCCCAGCUGCCCAAUAUGGCAUACUCUUAUGCACUGGCGCUUUACACGUUGCACGGCAAGUGCGACCGUGCCAACGAGGCUCUUCAAUAUGCGCUGCUCAUGUUCCCCGGCGUUCUGCGUCCGCUGUUGGAAGAGAUGUCUGUGCAAACGGAUAAGCGUGUGCUGGCUUCAUCGUAUUUCUUUACCGAUGUGUCUGGCGAUCAAUCGCCAGCGCUUCACCAGCUUGUGUGCUUGUAUGUGUGCCGAGCCAAGGUCGUUUGGCGGCAAAAUGAUGUUCUAUUUUGGCUGGAAUCAACUGUAAAUACUGUCCUGGAUCGCAUCGACAGCAAGGAUCCUAUCAUCAAUGAUUACAAGGAAAAGCGUUCACUUCGCUAUAGCGGCACACCACCGCGUCCCAUUUUACGACAUGUCAUACUCUCCGAUUUCAAGGAGAAGGUGCCUCUGGCUGUGUUUGUUUCGAAAGAGAAACAGGCUAUCAUGACCUACGACCCGUUGCCACCCCUUGACAGUGUCAAUUGCUACCAACGCAAAUCGUCUUCGAGCAGCAGCCCCACAACCAACACCAACAACUCUGUAUCAAUGUUUUUCCAGUCGUUGCUGCCAUCUUUCAAUCUAAACAACAUUGCAGCCGCACAACAGCAACCAGAUGCUGUUGCCGGAGCUGGCGCUGCCGCACCCGAAAUAGUGGGACCACCGCAACGCCAGGCCAACGCUCAAGGCGAAGCAGAAGAAGCUGGUCUUCAGCAAUCAUUGGUUCUAAUGAUGGACGCUAUGCGCGACUUUUUACAAAAUUUCCGUAUUGCCGAGCAUUUGCGCUCACCAGAAACAGCCGUUGCUCAGUCAAGCAGCAGCAACGACGACGAAGAAGAAGGAUCUAGCGACUAUGUGGAUUAGAGUCAAUGUCAAUUAAUAAUACAACAUUAUAUCCUUCACAGACACUUAAAGACAACAAUGCACCACACUUCUAUCCAGUCGAAUGGGUUUAAUAAUUUGCAUCGCUUACUGUUUGGAGCAUCCUAGAGUGGAGCUCUUGAGUCAGUGUUUUCGGAAAACACUUCGCUUUCUGUUGCAUCGGCGUAGCUGUCACAAAUUUUAAUUAUAGCAAAUUUCUUAUAUACAUGUGUAUCCAUUGCAUUAAAUUCCUUGUCAAAGCUUUAGAACAAA